GGCAAGGCUGAUGGGUCAGAAAUUCAGAUUGAUCAUAUUAACUCUCCAGAAGAUAUUGGAAGAACUACAUCAAUGGCGGAAGACAAUGUCUCUGGCAGUACUAGACGCAAAGAAGAUGGAGAUCACCACCAAAGAAUGCAAAAUGAGUUCAUCUUAAAGGAUCAUUCCCAGUUACCCGCUGCUAGUACUGGUUCUACUCGGGGGAGAAAGCUCCCAAAAAAUGUUGACAGGGCCAGGCAGAGAGUGAUGGAAAUUGUAAGAGAAUUCCGAGCUUUUUGUGACCAAAUCACGAGGAUGGAUAAAGAGGAUAAUUACAAGAGGAAGAGGGUUGAUUUCAUGGCAGCAAAGAUGGUUAAAAAGAAAUUCUAUUACUACCCAGAUAAGCCCUUCCUUGGACCAGUCCCUGGUGUGGAAAUUGGAGAUGAAUUCCACUACAGAAUGGAGCUGCACAUUUUAGGCCUGCAUCGUCCUUCUCAGGGAGGGAUUGACUAUGUGCAGGAUGGAGGAAGAAUUAUUGCGACCAGUAUCGUAGAUUCUGGGCUUUAUGAUAACUACAAGGAAGAUCAAGACACUCUAGUAUACUGUGGUCAGGGAGGACAUAAUGCAAAUCCAAACGUGGGCCUGCAAAUGCCUGAAGAUCAGCAGCUGAAAAGGGGAAACUUGGCAUUGCGGAAUAGCAUAAGGGCAAAGAACCCUGUUAGGGUUAUCCGCGGUCGUAAGUUACCAAGGGCCUCCACCACCUACUUCUAUGAUGGAUUGUACACGGUGGAGAAGAUGUGGGAAGACAAAGGUCAGGUUGGCAAAAGGGUUUUCAAGUUCAAGUUGGUGAAGAUGCCCGGACAGGCCAGCCUUUUUACUUCAAGAAACUAAGGGCUAAAGAUGUGCAAAGAUGAAGGAGCGCCUGGAAACACCCAUUGCUAGUUCAAGUUGGCAAAAAUCCCCGGACCACUCACAGUCUUAUCUUAUGGGGCAUCUUAGGACUUGGAGUUCUGAAUUUGGAUUUGCAGAGUUAAUGUUCUAGUACUAUGUUGGAUUUAGUCUAGUAGUAGUAGAGGAGUAUAUAGUGGCUUUUCAAUACA